UGAAUGUCUGUUUAUUUUGUUCCUUAAACAAAAAUUGCAAUAUUUGUGCUCUUAUAUUUUUUUAUCAAAACAAAUUUUAAUUAAUUGUUUUUAUGUUUAAAAGUGUUGUAAAAUUGUUAGUAAAAAAUAUGAGUAGUGAAAGAAUAGUAAAAGAAACAUUGGCCAGAAAGUUAAGUGGCAGAAAAGUUCCCAGAAAGAUCGAUUCAAAAGCUGAACAGGCGGAAAAUAAAUCGCAAUUUUUUAAUGAGAUUAACAAUCAAGAUAAAGCUAAUAAAAAGAAAGCUAAGGAAGUCCCUGUUAAAGUUGAGAAUAUUGCUAUAAAAUCUGAGGUAGCCCCCAAACGUAGUACACGAAAGCUAAAAAAGCAAUCUAUAAUAGAAAAUACGCAAUCAUCUUUAGAGAUUGUAAUAAAUGCAAAGCCUGUUAAAGCCACCAAAUCCCCGAAUAAAACUAAAGCUUCAAUUGUUAAAGAAGAGGAACCAUGCAGCAGCAAAAAAAUCAAACAGGAAUCGUCAGACGAAAUAUGGCAACCUGCAAAUUGGCAAACAAUUUUGGAGAAUAUACGCAAAAUGCGAACUAAAGACUCAGCUCCCGUCGACACCAUGGGAUGUCACAAAUGUGCAGAUGAAAAUGCUGAUGAGAAAACUCAACGUUUCCACAAGUUAGUAGCUCUUAUGUUAUCCAGUCAAACUAAAGAUGAAACCACCUAUCACGCCAUGUUGCGCUUGCGAGAACAAAAUCUUACACCUGAAGUAAUUUGUCAAAUGAAAGUAAAUGUUUUGGAGAACAUAUUACAUCCUGUAUCGUUUUAUAAGAAUAAAGCAAAAUAUUUACAACAAACGGCUAAAAUACUAGUUGAUAAAUAUGAUUCGGAUAUACCAAAUAAUAUAAAGGAAUUGGUGGCCUUACCCGGUGUUGGUCCCAAAAUGGCUCACAUUUGCAUGUCAACGGCAUGGCAUGAAGUGACUGGGAUAGGAGUCGAUGUACAUGUCCAUCGCAUUUCUAAUCGUAUUGGUUGGUUGCCAAAGUCUACUAAAGAACCUGAACAGACUCGUUUAGCUCUGGAAAAAUGGUUACCGCAGCAAUUGUGGAGCGAAGUUAACCAUUUGUUAGUUGGUUUUGGUCAGACCAUAUGUACCCCCGUCAAACCCAAAUGCAGUGAGUGCUUAAAUUGUGAAAUAUGUCCUUCUGCUACGAAAGUCGUUAAAAAUAAGACAAUUACUAAUAAGGAAAUUUUGGAUAUUUGCGAUAAUAUCAAAUAUAAAAAAACAAAAUUAAAAGCGUAAAUUUUCCAUAAAUCUGCAGCAGCAAAUCCAACAUACAUGUAAAGAUGCCAGUAUUCAAAAAACUGGAUUUUAUUAACUGGCGAAGUAAUCACACCUACAAUUUGAAACUGGAGUACAUUAAUAUUUUCUAUUGUAUGGAUUUUUAUGUGUAUUCAUUUUGUUAUUUAAAAUUCGUUUAAAGUUAUAAUUAAUUAAUAUAAAUAAUUUCCAUCUCCUUC